AUGAAUAUUCUUGCUUUUCUUCUCGUCGUUCUUCUUGCCAUCACCACCGAGGUGACUGCUUUCAAGAGAUGCCGUUCAAGCACCCAAUGUAACUACGAAUCGGUUUGCUAUGAAGGAUACUGCUACACGAUAGACGAGAUGUUCGAGAAGUUCGAUACUAAAUAA